AUGAAUCAAGAUAAUCGACUUGAUGACUUUUCAUCAACCAUUUACUCCUCCACAGAGCCCAUUCAUUAUUCACGCAUUCCAAGAUCGCAACCUCGUAAGGUUCUUCCAGGAACUCAAUAUGUUACCGACGAAUUUCUCGAUAAAAUAUUGGAUUCCGUAUUGACAAGCGAAGAACGAACAGAGUUUGAGUCAAAAACUUUCCUCUCACUCUAUGACCUCAUAUUUCCCAAUGUUCGAAACAAUAGAAAUACAAAGCGUUACAAGAAUAGUUUUCUGAUCUUUAGAAAAGAUUAUCAGGCAAGAAAGAUAGCAGAGCUCGGUCCACAUAGGGGAUCAAGAAUCAACGAUAUUUCUACUGGAGCGGGAGCUGCCUGGAAAAAAUUUUCACCAGAGGAAAAAUACAUGUAUAUGCAACUUUCUUUAUGCGCUAAAAGUCUGCAUAACAAAUUGUGGCCGAAUCAUAACUCCGCAAAAAAGUACGUUAAUUACGGUUACGGCGAGCUUAAGGGACAGUAUCUUACAACAUUCUUAAAAACGCCGUCAAACCAAUUACCUUAUAAUAACGGCUUCACACAUGGCGACAUUUUCAACGAACAAAGCUCGAAUCAAAUUUUCCUUAAUCUAACAACGACUCAUCCUGAAAACACCGACCGCCUAAGAACUCAACCGAUCGUUAACGCUUUAGCGUCCUAUGACAGAUCACUCAUUGACACAAUUAACAAGCAUGUUCGCAUUUAA